UUUCUGCUCUUCUCUUGCAGGCAGGCAGCUGUAAAACUUUGAAAAGUUUGUAGAAGUGCGGGGGCAAGAGCCGAACGCAAAGGGUGCUGAGAAGUGAAAUUGCAAGGUGCCAACAGUUGUGGACGCGCUGCUGCCAUGAGCGCUGCCCCGGCUGCCUCGGCGUUGCAGCAACAUCGACAACUGCAAUCAUCAGAAUAAUAACAAUAAUAUUGUUAUUAAUAAUAAUAGAUGCAGCAGCAGCAGCAGCAGCAGCAGCAUCAGUGGCAGCAGCAACAGCUGCUUCAAUGAUAACAAACCAAAUAUCUAACCACAUGCGACACUCUACAAACGAGAAUUAAACUCAAAAAUGCAAAUUACAAUUUACAUGCAGACGACGCAGAAGACGAACAACAACAACAACAACAACAACAAGCACAAUAGCAAGAGCAGCAACUACAACAACGCUUGGCCAGUGUUGCCAAGUGUGUGAAUAACUAACUAACACUACUGCUAUAUUCUACAACAUAUCAACAGCAGCUCUGCUUCAGCAGGCCACGUCAAGAUGAUCAAAGGCAUUUUGGUACAGCGCAAAAGCCAGGAGGAUGCCAACUACACAAAGCAGCUCAAGAUGGAGCACGCCGACCUGGUGGCCGAGAUGCAGACGGUGGAGAGCCUGCCCACGCACGAGAGACUCCAAUUGGCCAGACUGAGGCGCGCACAGCAGCUGAAGCUGGCCAGGCAGAAGGAGAAGGAGUGGCUCAAGCUGCAGCGAGCCAAGGGCCAGACGGGCAGCGGAGGCAGCGGUGGCAGCAACAGCAACACCGGCACCGUCCUGAACGGCGGCGCGGGCGAUACCACACAUCAUUUUCGGCAUGCCAAUGGCUCGGGCACGGUCAGCGGCAGGCGGCACAUAUCGUUCGAGAAUAGCGUGGUGCUAUUGGAGGCGGCGUCGCGUAACGACAUGCCCGAGGUGGCGGCACUGCUGCAGAACGGCAUCACACCAGAUGCGGCCAACGAGGAUGGCCUAACGGCGCUGCAUCAGUGCUGCAUCGACAACAACGUGGACAUGCUGCGGCUGCUGCUCGACUAUGGCGCCAAUGUGGAUGCGCAGGACAGUGAUAAAUGGACGCCGCUGCAUGCGGCAGCCACCUGCGGCCAUUUGGAGCUGGUGCGCAUACUCAUACGGCACAAUGCCAAUCUGUUGGCCGUCAACACGGAUGGCAAUAUGCCGUAUGAUCUGUGCGACGAUGAGAACACCCUGGACUUCAUCGAGGGCGAAAUGGCGCAACGGGGCGUCACCCAGGAGCUCAUCGACGAGACGCGCUCCUCCACAGAGCGACUCAUGCUCAAGGACCUAAUGGAGCUGGCGCGCACCGGUGGGGAUCUCGAGGAGCCAGACUAUCAAGGCGCCACGCCGCUGCACAUAGCUUCUGCCAAUGGCUACGUGCGCGUCGUGGAGUUCUUGCUGGAGCAGCACGUCAAUGUGGAUGCCAUGGACAAGGAUCUGUGGACGCCUGUGCAUGCAGCAGCAUGUUGGGGGCAUCUGGAAGUUCUGGAGAUGCUGGCGCAAUGUGGUGCUGAUUUGAAUGUGCGCAACAAAGACGAUGAAACGCCUUCAGAUAUCUGUGAGGAUCCAGAGAUACGUGAACGCAUCGAGCAGCUGAAGACGGAACAGGAGAGCAAACGACUGGCGGAGGCGCAACGAAGGCGCGUUCGGCGCUCGCAGAGCAACAAUACCAGAGCCCAAUCGGUGCGUCGCACCAGCCUGCGCGACAAAACGCUUACAACCAAAAAGGAUGCUGUGGAGGAGGCUCGCCUGCGUCUGCAGGCACAGGAGGCGACCGAUUCCGGCUCCACGGCGGCCACAGCUGCCGCUGAUCUGCCCAAUGGCUAUGCCUAUCACACGACCAAUAACAAUAACAACAACAACAACAAUAAUAACAUUAACAGCGCUGAGAAACGGCCCUCGACGGCCAGCCUGUCGCACUCCAAGUCCGCGGAUGCUGUGGACAACAUAACGCUCACAACGACACAUUCCUAUCUGCCGCGCCGUCCGCCCGACGGACGCGAGAACGACGAGCAGCUGCUCAAGGCGGGCGAUCCGGGCGCCAGCGGCGGCGAGCUGCAGCGUGCCACCUCCGCCGCAGCGGUCAUACUGACGGACCAGGGCACGGCGGCCAGUGCUGAGGCGUUGCAGAUUCAGUCAUCCAAGGCGGCGAACAAUGGCAAGAUCAACGUGCAGGUCACUGUGCUAGUGGACACAAACAGCACGCAUCAUCAGCAAGAACAGCGUAGCCAGCAACAUCCGCAGCAACAUUCGCAGCAACAUCUGCAGCAACAUCAACAACAGCAGUUGCAGCAACAUGCGCUGCUGCUUCAGCAACAUCAGCAGCAGCAACAGCAACAUUGCCAGCAACAUGCAUCUCAGCAAUAUGUUGCUAUGGAUGCGGGUGCCGUUACUUUGUCAAAUUUGAAAAAGCAACGUUCGCUGUCGCGCACCGCCAAUGUGCUUAAUAAUUUCGAGCUUUCAUCCACAAGUGCUGGCGCUAGUGCUGCUAAUGCAAGCACUGCUACAUCAAUAACAACAACAACUAAUGGUUCUGUUUUAGGAGCCGCCACUACGGUUAAUCACAACAACAACAAUAACAACACAAGCAGCGCCAACAACAACAACAACAACAUGGCCGCCGGUCCGAUCGCUACGCAGCCACUGGGACUGGGCGCAAUGAGUCCCAGCUUAUUGGACUUUGAGUCAGCUGCGCCAGUGUCUACAUCUGGCAACGCCAAUUCGGUUAACAAGUUCUGUGGCAACACUGGCGACGUGGUCAGCGACAGCACGAGCUCCAGUCGCAAAUGCUGUGUGCUAAUGUAGACGGCCAAUGCAGCAGCGGAUAACAGGGUAUUAUUACAAUGAAUUGCCAGCCGGUUAAGCUUACCAACAAACUGUAAUAGUUUAGAGAAAGAAUGUGUGAUUUUUUGUAUGUAUGCAAGUAUGUGUGUGUGUGUAAAUGGGGGGCGGGAAACGAGAGAAGAAUCAAACAAACAAAUUAGCAAUUUUGAAAUGCCUGGCAAAAAGUGUCUUUUAUUAGCAUUUUAGUAGAAAAAGAAAAACAAAAGAAAAAAAAAAAAAACAGUUCAAAACAUUAAAAUUGUAAAUGGAAGCAGGGUGCUCAAUUCUAUGAGCUCCAUAUUUGACUAAAACAAGAAAACGACUCAAAGUCGUGGCAUUUUCCUAAGCCAGCAAAUAUACGGUAUAUGUAGAGUAUAUAUAUGUAUAUAUAUACACGAUUUAGGUUCAGAAAAUAAAUACAGCGCAAAAAAGAGAAGAAAACAAAUGAAAUUGAACCGAAAUUGAAAGUAAACCCAAAACUUGAUGUUAAGUAGUUUUUAAUGUUAAGAACUUCUGUUUUUUCUAGUUCUUUAACUUUUGCUUAAAAACUAUAUAAAAAAGGAUAAAUGUAUGGCAAGGCAAAGUAUUAUGCAAGAGUAUAAAAAAA